AACGCCGUGAGUGGAUGCAAUUCCACUCAGUCGUGCAUUCGCGCGUAUCAAGUGCGUGAUCGUAGGACACGGAACAAUACGCGUGAUUGCUCAAGAAUCUCGGGAAGAUGAUUUCGUGGACGAUCGUCUGUCUAACCGAUUCGUUUACCGUCAUAUGCACUACAGUGAUCGGUGUACUGCUUUAUUAUUAUUCGACGUCUACGCACGGCAAAUGGAGGAAAGCAAACGUGCCGCACACGAGACCGGUACCGUUGUUCGGCAACUUGUUCAGAACGACGCUAGGGCUCGAAAGUGAAAAUGAGACGUUCGAUAAGAUAUACAAACAAUUUCCGGAUAAAAAAAUUUGCGGUUUGUACCAGAUGAGGACGCCGUACUUGAUGAUCCGAGACCCGGAACUCAUAAACAACGUGCUCAUCAAAGACUUUGCGCACUUCACGGACCACGGAUUCAAAAUGGACCCGUCCGUGAACUUCUUGGCGAGCAGUUUGUUUUUCACGAAUGGCCAGAAGUGGAAGAUCAUGAGACAAAAGAUGAGCCCGGGAUUUACAUCCGGUAAACUCAAGCUGAUGCACAGUCAGGUUAAAAAAUGCAGCAAAGAUAUGAUUGACUAUAUCGACGCGAAAUCGAAGACGACCGAUCAGUUCGACGUGCACGAUAUCAUGAAUAAAUACGCCACCGACGUCAUAGGGACGUGUGCUUUCGGUUUGAAAUUAAAUAGUAUGAUAGACGAAGACAACGAAUUUCGAAAGUGUACGAAAUUAAUAUUUAAAUCGCCGUUUAGGAUAAUUGUUGCCAACCUGCUGCAAAUGGUUUCACCAAAACUUGCGAGUAUUUUAAAAAUAAGAUUCCACUCACCGGAAGCUAUGGACUAUUUUAAUUCAACAUUUAGAGGUGUAAUCGAAUAUAGAGAAAAGAACAAUGUGAAUAGGAACGAUGUGGCGCAGACACUUAUUCAAGCUAGAAAAGAACUUGUACUAAAUAAUAUCUCGUAUCCCGAAGAGAAAUUUACAGAAAUGGAUAUAAUUUCAAAUGCGAUUUUAAUGUAUUUGGCUGGUGCCGAACCGGUAUCCGAUACGUUGGCUUUUUGUUUAUAUGAGUUAGCGAUGAAUAAACAUGUACAAGACAAAUUGCGUGAACAUAUUAACAAGACAAAAGAAAAACACGGUGACGAAUUUAGUAACGAUUAUCUGAUGGAUCUUCAUUACGCUGACAUGGUUAUAACAGAAACAUUGCGUAAAGUCAACGGAACUAUUAUUUUGUUUAGAAUAGCUACUAAGACUUACCAAGUCCCAAACUCGUCAUUAGUAAUUGAAAAAGGUCAACAAAUAAUAAUACCGAAUUACAGCAUACACCAUGAUCCAAAAUAUUAUCCUAAUCCUGACGUUUUUGAUCCGGAAAGGUUUUCUCUGGAAGAAAAAUCCAAACGACCUAGUGGCACUGAAUUGUUGUUUGGCGACGGACCUCGAUUUUGUAUUGGUAAACGCUUGGCUGAAUUGGAAAUGAAAUUAGGUCUCUCAGAAAUAAUUUCGAAAUUUGAAGUUUUACCGUGUGUAAAAACUGAAAAUCCUAUUAAAUUGGCGAAGGCUGGAGGUGCUAUUAGACCAAAAAAUGGAAUUUGGUUAUGUCUAAAACCAAUCGUUGUUUAAUAAUGUUAUUUAAUGAUUUAGUAGUUCGAAUACAGUUUUGUUUGCAUGGUUCAA